AUGGAAACUAGUGAGGACCUUUCCAAUUCCAAUGGGAACGAUUUUUUGGGGACGUCGGUGUCGAAAACUGUUCAGAAAACGAGUUCUAACGAUUUCGUUAGGAAACUGUUCAAGAUACUAGAAGACGGGCAGUACACAAGGAUAGUAAAAUGGACGGAGGACGGAGACAGUUUUGUGGUGCUCGAUACAAACGCGUUCACUACGCAAAUCUUGCCUCGUCAUUUUAAACAUUCGAAUUUCUCCAGUUUUGUGCGACAGCUGAACAAAUACGAUUUCCACAAAGUCAAACGCACAACGGAGGAAAAACAAAUGUCACAGUAUGGCGAACACAGCUGGGAAUUUAAGCAUCCGUUUUUUAGGAUCCAUGACGAGGCGCAGCUGGAUAACAUCAAGCGGAAAUCGGCUUUGCAGAAGAAAAUUAUGCUGGAUGAGAACACAGUGUUAGUCAAAAGUCAGAACAGCUUCGACAACGGGCAGGGUAGUGCUCUGGAUUCCACAGCCGAGAUUCUCCUCAAUAAUAGCGUCAGCAAGUCGAAAUUCCAUCAACUCAAACGGAGGGUCGAAUCACUCGAACAAGAAGUGACAUAUCUGAAAAACGAGAAUUAUGAACUAAAGUUGGGCCAUCAAAAAUCCCAAUCCCGCUACAAUACUCUUUCCGAAAAUCUGAUAGCUACGAAAGAGUUCAGCAACGUCCUGGUGACGAAUUUUAACGUUUUGAUCAACAGUUUAACUUCUCAGGGUCUGGACUUGCCCACCAAUCUCACUUUCAACGCUACGAUGCCAACCACAAACUCGAUGAACGCUGCUGGAUCGCCGCAAAUGAGCUCUGUGGUACCCACACUGCCUGUCAAAAAACCUACACACAUAGAAUCAGGCCCCCCUUCGACGACACCUCAAAUGAUCCUAGACCAUCCCAUACUACGUCCAGGUUUCCACGUACUUUUAGUGGAGGACGAUUCAAUAUGCAUUCAACUGUGCUCCAAAUUCUUGAUGAAAUAUGGAUGCACGGUGGAGGUAGUCACAGAUGGAUUAUCGGCGAUUUCGACCUUGGAAAAAUUCCGUUAUGAUUUGGUACUCAUGGAUAUAGUAAUGCCAAAUCUAGAUGGAGCCACUGCAACAUCUAUCGUCAGAAGUUUCGAUAAUCACACACCUAUAAUCGCCAUGACAGGAAAUAUCGAGGACCAGGAUUUGGUAACAUAUUUACAGCACGGCAUGAACGACAUACUAGCAAAACCGUUCACGAAAGACGACCUUCAUUCUAUGCUGAUACGGUAUCUUAGAAACAGAAUCCCGCUUUGCGAGCAAAGAGACGAGGUGCCAUCCAAAGAUCCUACAACGCCUCCUUUACCGCAUGACACGGACGUCUCGAGCUUGAUUCGCGAAGAACCACUUACAAAAAAGCAGCAUGUGUAA